GUUUAAAGCUACGUCACCAACCAGGAAGUAGUGGAGAACCUAGGUGCUAAGACAGAACUGUCUUUAAAAAGGUCUCUGUAUCUAGCAAUUCAGUAAAAAAAAGACAUGCUCGACAACAGUGAAUUUGCAACUUUACGAAACAGAUUCAGGAGAGAUGCCGAACUUCUUCUGCAAGGAUCUACAUUGGAUGAAAAUGAGGAAAAGGGUAAAAAGGAAGAAGAGGCAAAAUCUCUCCCACGCUUUAACAGACAUUCUGUCUUCUGGAUAAUGGCGUCCGUGGCUGUCACAUAUUAUGUCGACUUCCUGAGCGUUCUCAUGCAGAGCGAAGACAUCAAAAGUUGGUGGUUUAAUGUGGGUUUGACACUCCUUGGUAUCUGCCUUACCCUGGCCGGGUUUUGCAUUGUGUACCUGGAGUGGUAUAAAGGCAUCACGCACUAUGACCAGGAAUACCCUGCCAUCCCCCCCCUUACCACAGCAGCCUUCAUUGCAGCGUCUUGCAGUUUGAACAUAGCACUGUGGCCAGUUUGGUCGUUCUUCACACCGCUCAUCCUGUUCACUCAGUUCAUGGGCAUAGUGAUGCUCAUCUCGCUACUUGGCUAAGAUAACCGGUGAGAUCUGUGAAAGGAAACUGUACAAAAUCAACAAGUUCUGAAUAGAGUGCUGUAAAAUGUACUCAAUGAUUUAAAAUCCGCUCCCUUUGUUUUAGUACGUUAGCCUUUUUAAAGUCAGUCCAAAGUUUUGUUUGUUCUUUCACAUUCAUAUUAUUUUUAAGUGAUUUCACAAAUGUAUAUUUGUACCAGAGCUGUGCAGAUGGGUUAUAAAUCCAAAGCUAAAACCAAACGAGCAAAUUGAUAUGCCAAAGAAGGGGUCUGGAAUAUUUUGAGACUUUUCUUUCUUUGAAAGAUCUGUGAAUAUCACUCGAGAAGAGAGCAGAGACUGAGAAGAAGAAAUAUAGAUAUGCAUAUAAUUGAUUGAUUUUUAAAAUGCACUAAUGCAUCACAUUUGUAAAAGUGUUCACCACCUGCUCUAUGCUGCAAGAUAACGCAAUGAAAAUAUUUUAAAUACAUUGAUUUUAAGUAACAAAACAUGAAAUAGGCAGUUUGUUUUAUUUAAAAAGCAAAUAAUUUAUUUAUGUAGCAUAUAAAUCUUCCACAAAAGCAAACAUUGUUUGAAUGGAUAGAAAUGUUCUUGCUACAACUAAAUUGCACACUUAUGUUUUACAGUCUGACUAAAUUAACUUCUACCUUAACUAUUGAACCAUUUGAUAUUGAAGAGGGACUUUACCAUUAGAUUAUGAUGUUUCUUUGUUGUGUACAAACACUCCAUUCGACUACAUGUGUCAUAUUUUUUGUUGAAACAUUACAUUGAUUAAUAAUCACAAUUUGAUACGUUCUGAUUUUCCAUUAGUGUGGGCAACGUCAUUGAGUGGACUGAUUAACGUUGAUUUUUUUUUAAUCUAAUAAUUUGUUUGACUUGUGUAUAUAUUAAUUUUAUUUUGUGGGUGUUUUUACAAAGUUGGAAUAAUGACCGUAUACAAUAUUUGUGUAACUUUUUAAAGUGUUCGUUUUUGCUAUAUUAUUUGAUUAAAAUGUAUUUAAUUCUAA